UCCGGGCGCCGGCUUACGUCAGUGACGUCGCGGCAACACACGAGGAGCCGUUGAGUGAGUGCUGAGUCGGGUUAUCAUCGCAGCCGCGGGUUCAGCCGGGUCUUCUCCCACUUCCUAGCCGCAGCCUGUACACCCCCCCUGGGCGACGUUGGUCCAGCGCACCCCCUGCCCCGGCAGUCAUCUAACCUCCCCCUCCGUCAGUGCACACACACACACCCGGAAAUCAUGGACCCCAGCGACUCGGCUCCAGAUUCCUGGGAACAGGCGGACAUUGACGCCCCGGAGGCCCAGCUCAACUCAGCCCUGGCCCGGCUCAACGUCAACGCCAGGCCGUUCGUCCCCAAUGUCCACGCCGCCGAGUUCGUGCCUUCCUUCCUGGUUAAGAGUGGCAGCGCGGCUGCGGACGGGCUGGAGGAGGAUGCAACAGAGAUUUCUGCGCAAGAAGAAAAGUCCCAAUCUUCAGAAGGUUCCACUGCUGUUGUUGGCAUGGAGAUUUCUGAGCCCGUCGUAGAAAAUGGAGAAUCUGAGAUGUCACCCGAAGAGUCCUGGGACCACAAAGAUGAGCCGAGCGAAGCAGAGCCAGGAGGCGGCUUCUCGGGGGAUGGGGGCUCCUCCGAAGAAGUUGCCCAAGAAAUGAUGGAGGAAGAAGAGGAAGUUAUAAAACCUAAAACUGUCGUCAUACCACCCGAUGCCCCGAAAAAACAACACGUUAAUGUAGUGUUCAUCGGACACGUAGAUGCUGGAAAAUCAACUAUUGGUGGACAGAUUAUGUAUUUAACUGGUAUGGUGGACAAAAGAACACUUGAGAAAUACGAAAGGGAAGCAAAAGAGAAGAACAGAGAAACCUGGUACCUCUCAUGGGCUUUAGACACAAACCAGGAGGAGCGAGACAAGGGUAAAACUGUAGAAGUUGGCCGUGCCUACUUUGAAACGGAAAAGAAGCACUUCACUAUCCUUGACGCCCCCGGUCACAAGAGCUUUGUUCCCAAUAUGAUUGGGGGAGCUUCACAAGCAGAUUUGGCGGUGCUGGUAAUCUCUGCACGAAAAGGAGAGUUUGAAACGGGAUUUGAGAAAGGAGGACAGACAAGAGAGCAUGCCAUGUUGGCAAAAACAGCUGGUGUAAAACAUUUAAUAGUACUUGUUAAUAAAAUGGACGAUCCAACAGUAAACUGGAGCAAUGACAGAUAUGAAGAAUGUAAAGAGAAACUUGUACCCUUCUUGAAGAAAGUUGGUUUUAACCCUAAAAAAGAUAUUCACUUUAUGCCAUGUUCGGGUCUGACUGGUGCAAACUUGAAGGACCCUGUGGAUUUCUGCCAAUGGUACAAUGGGUUACCGUUUAUUCCAUAUCUUGAUCACAUGCCAAACUUCAGCAGAUCAUUUGAUGGACCUGUCCGACUUCCGAUUGUGGAUAAAUACAAGGACAUGGGAACAGUGGUGCUAGGAAAACUAGAAUCUGGCUCAAUAUGCAAAGGACAGCAGCUUGUCAUGAUGCCAAACAAGCACACCGUUGAAGUCCUCAGCUUGCUGUCCGAUGAAGUAGAGACUGAGCUUGUAGCAUCUGGUGAAAAUCUGAAGCUCCGACUCAAAGGAAUAGAAGAGGAGGAAAUUCUUCCUGGAUUUAUUCUUUGCGACCCAAACAAUCUUUGUCAUUCUGGACGUACAUUUGAUGCCCAGAUUGUGAUUAUUGAGCACAAAUCAAUCAUCUGUCCUGGUUACAAUGCAGUGCUGCAUAUUCAUACAUGUAUUGAAGAAGUUGAAAUUACCGCCUUAAUCUGCUUGGUAGACAAAAAAACAGGGGAAAAAAGUAAGACGCGACCCCGCUUUGUCAAACAAGAUCAAGUAUGCAUCGCCCGCUUAAGGACAGCGGGAACUAUCUGCCUUGAAACAUUCAAAGAUUUCCCUCAGAUGGGCCGAUUUACCUUGCGAGACGAAGGUAAGACCAUUGCAAUUGGAAAGGUCUUGAAACUGGUUCCAGAGAAGGAUUAAGCUUUCCUCUUGACGCUGCACAAUACUGUGAGGAUAUUGACUCUACGGAAGCCUACUUCACGUCGCCUUCAUACUUUCAGCCCAUUGACAAACUGUAACGCCCUUUUAAACAAAAAAUUUAAAAGCUGAAAACAUCAAGUCCACAUAGACAGCUUUCUCAUAUUGAGAGCUCUGCUAUGCCACUGAUGAUUCCCCCCUCCCCCUCAACAUUUUAUUUUAUUCCCUUGCAAAUUCUGCAACCUUUGGAAAGAUUUGGCAAUGGCUUCAUAAGUUAUGUGGACAGAAUUGCCUACAAUAAUGAAAAAAUCCUAAGAUUUUUUUUUUUUUAAAUUAAAUACUUGCAAUAUCACCCUGUCAUGUCAGUACAUAAACACACGGUAAUUCUAAGCAGACCGCUCGGAGUGUGUAAGCACAUGUUACAGAGAAAACUACCAUGUUAAUAAAAAAAUAUCAGUUUAAAACCUUUUAGUCGGUAUCUGAAUUGCUUUUGAAUGCUUUUUCUUUUUUUAAAACUGAAUGUAACACUGCUGCAUUAACUUGUUUUUUAUUUAAAAUUUUCAAGUAUUUUAUUAGAUAUUUUUUUCUUUCUUGCCCAGUGAAGUCAGUGGCCUAUCUGCUUAAAAAGACUUCAACCGUUUCUAAUACCGCCUACAAGAACUGCCCUUUUUCAUUGAAGGAGGCAAUAUGUAAGCAAACUUGACACCGCUACAAUUUUAAUAGUCUUGAGCGAUGCGACUAAGUUUGUCCUAUAUGUAUUAAAGCAAAAAAAAAUAUAUAUGGAAAUUGCUCCGGCGCAUCAUUCUUUACUAAUUCCGAAAUUUUAAGGGAGUGAAUGGCUGUUAAAUUUUCAGAAUUCCAGCGUACGAGGAAGACCUAGGUAGUAGCUCCAUCCCCACAAGAGCUACGUUGUGAUUACUACCUGGGAAGGGUUUAUUUCUCAGUCAUAGUUCAGUCUUUGUGUUGUCUAAUAAAGGCUUGAAUUCUUCUCCUUGCUGCUUCAAGUGUCUGGGAUAAGCAGAUGACUGUCGCUGCUGAGCUCACACGUUUGCACAUAUUAUACCUUUUGGAUAUGGAAGAUAGAUCCAGUCCUGCCACCUGUAAACCUUUGCAUAUCAAGAGUUCAGCUUGUCUAGAACUUGAAAUAGUAGUCUCUGGUAUUGAGUAGGUGAUGCAUUAGAGAUUUCUCUUAUUCCGAUGAUCCUCAGGAUACGAAGAGCAAUAGCUUAGCUGCUUCUUUCUCCGAAGGUCUUGACGAGGGGCCAAAAAUAGAGAAAUUUGGUAAAUUUUUUAUUUUUUUUGCUUCAUCUUCCUAUCGAACAGUUAAUUUUCUUGACUUCUGACUAUGUUUUGACGUAAUGGUGAAAUGUAUUCAGAUGUGUAAAAAGGAAAAAAAAGAAAUUCUGACCUCCCAGAAUUCUCUGCGGUCGACACAUGGCUGCCAAUUUGGAGAUUAAGAUUGUUUAACCCUAUUUGUUUCUUUGUAUCUGUGGGUUUUCCAUUCAUUUCACCAAUGAGGCUACAUUGUACGACCAGAGAAAAGCUAUUGUCCUACAGUUUCAAUUGAUUACUCUUGUAGCUGCCGUAAUGCAUGAAAUGGAAAUAAAUUUUAUUAUGUCAGCAAUGAUGUGAACUUGG